UAUUUAGAAAAUAACCUAAAAAAAAUUCUAACCAUUUGAAGCGUAUAAAAUCUUAAACCCUAGCGGCCACCUGAAAACCCUCUUUGUUUUCUUAUAGAGUAUUUGUUCUUCUACUCUGAUUUAUCCUCCAAAAGAAUGGCGCGCACUAUCAAAAACCCUAAAAAGGCUAAGAGAAAGAAUAAGGGUUCAAAAAAAGGCGAUGGAGCAUCAACGUCUUCGUCAGUGCCGACAAUUCAGCCAAGGGUUUGGCAACCAGGAGUUGAUGAAUUGGAGGAAGGAGAAGAGCUUCAAUGUGAUCCUUUAGCUUAUAAUUCACUUCACGCUUUUCAUAUUGGAUGGCCUUGUUUGAGCUUUGAUAUCGUACGUGAUUCGUUGGGUUCAGACCGGAAAGAUUUUCCACAUUCGGUGUAUUUUGUUGCAGGGACUCAGGCAGAGAAGGCUUCUUGGAACUCUAUUGGAGUGUUUAAAGUAAGCAACAUUUCGGGAAAAAGGCGUGAGCUAGUUCCUAAGAAAUCUUCCGAGGAUGAUCCUGAUAUGGAUGGUGAAAGUAGUAAUAGUGAUGAUAGUGAGGAUGAAGAAGAAGGUGCUUCUGGUGCACCGGUUUUGCAGUUGCGAAAGGUUGCUCAUCAUGGAUGUGUUAACCGUAUACGUUGCAUGGGACAAAAUCCUCACAUAUGUGCAUCAUGGGCUGAUAGUGGUCAUGUUCAGGUAUGGGACUUCAGUUCUCAUCUGAAUGCUUUAGCGGAAUCAGAAACGGAAGGUAUCCAGGGAAGUUCGGUUUUUAACCAGGCUCCGUUAGUUAACUUCCGUGGCCACAAAGAUGAAGGCUACGCAAUUGAUUGGAGUCCUGUUGUUGUUGGAAGGCUUGCAACCGGGGACUGCAAGAAUUGUAUUCAUCUGUGGGAGCCUACAUCUGAUUCAACUUGGAAUGUUGAUCCUACUCCGUUUAUUGGACAUUCUGCUAGUGUCGAAGAUCUCCAAUGGAGUCCAACGGAACCUCAUGCAUUUGUGUCGUGCUCUGUGGAUGGGACUAUCGCAAUUUGGGAUAUCCGUAUAGGAAAGUCACCGGCAGCUUCUUUUAAGGCACAUGACGCAGACGUGAAUGUCAUCUCAUGGAAUAGGCAAGCUAGUUGUAUGUUAGCAUCGGGAAGUGAUGAUGGCACGUUUUCAAUCCAUGAUUUUAGGUUGCUCAAGGAUGGAAAUACAGUGGUAGCUCAUUUUAAGUACCAUAAAUACCCAGUAACAUCAAUCGAGUGGAGUCCACACGAAGCCUCCACGUUGGCAGUUUCAUCAUCUGAUAAUCAGUUAACAAUAUGGGAUCUUUCUCUCGAAAAAGACGAAGAAGAAGAAGCGGAAUUCAAAGCUCAAACAAAGGAGCUCGUAAAUGCCCCGCAAGAUUUACCUCCGCAACUUCUUUUUGUUCAUCAGGGACAAAAGGACUUGAAAGAACUUCAUUGGCAUGCUCAGAUUCCUGGAAUGAUUGUGUCAACUGCCGCGGAUGGUUUCAACAUCUUAAUGCCUUCAAAUAUACAGAGCACUCUCCCCUCCAAUGGCUCUUGAAAAGAAUAGUGUCUUUUUGGCUCCUUGCUGGUAACAAAUGAAUCAACUGCUAAUGCAAAGCUCAUAGGAAUUCAUGUAUGGAAUAUGGAGGUUUUUUUUUCUUUUAAUUAUUAUUUUUGCAUGGUGAUGUCAAUGUGUUAUUUGUUACGAAGGUACUCAAAUUUGGAACCUUAAAGCAUUUGUGUGAAUGUAGACAAUUGAAAUUUUCUACCAA